AUGGCGUCCGUUGUUAUUGUUCGUACCGAAUAACUAUUUGUAAAAUAUAUACUAAUCUUUUUAGCGAUUUUUCUAAUGGACUGAUAUACUAAUGCGAUGCUUUAACUUCUUAUGAUUCGGCGCGACACGUUUUAUGUACGUUUUUAUGUGUUUUGAGUGUUUAUUUCGAAUUCUAUGUGUGUCAUGCAAAUGGGGUAAGCUGGAAUUGUCGGAUGUCGCAUAGGUUGUUUUGGAUAGUUUCAAUAAGAAAAUGAAGUGAAGUUCUGUGACCUUAAGUGUGAAAAUGGAACCUGCAUAAAGUUUAUUAUAUAGCGCGUUAAGUUUGGAGCGCUGCAAGAGACGGGAACGGGCGGAAUUUACUAAUGUUCCAUGCCGUGACUGCACUCCCCGUACAUUUCAAAAUGGCUGCUGCUCUUGAUAUAUGAGCUUUGCGUCACUGAAAUAUAAAUCUGUGGUUUUUAUUCGUAAGGAAACUCGCGUGUUCGUAGUUGGGUGAUCCCAUGUGAAAACUCGAAUUAAAACAUUGGACAGUGCCCCAGGCGAAGCUGGGGCGAAACAAUAGUGGCAUAUCAUAUGUUUUGGCAGUAGUGGGCCGUCGGUGACCGUAGGACUGAUAUUGCCUUGCAUAGCCGGAUUGUAAUGCUGCACUUGAUUUUCCAGGAUGAUUUGGAACACGACAGACUAGAAAUUGUGUGUUAUUGAGCGUAAUGUGACAUUGUAUGAUAGUAUGGCAGCGGAUAGCGACGGGCUAGGCUCGGCGGGCGGCGGCACGUGCGGCGUGGUGGUGACAUGCGAGGGCGACCUGCGCGACCCGCGCUUCCCCGCGCGUCUCCGCCGCCUGUUGCGCGAGCUGCGCGCCCUGCUCGCAGAGCCGCACCCGCACACGCUCAAAGUUAACAAGGUGGAGCCUUGGAACUCGGUGCGCGUGACGCUGUCGGUGCCGCGGGCGGCGGCGGCGCGGCUGCGGCAACUGGCCGCGGCCGGCGCGCCGCAACUACGCGCGCUCGGCAUCCUCUCCGUGCAGCUUGACGGCGACGCCGCGGUCUCGCUGCGCUUACAGCACGGGGCGGAGCUGCGCAUCAACACCGCGCCCGAUGAUGCGGGCACAUCAAGAACCCAAUCGAACGAGCUGCUGGCCAGCUUGGGCGGCCUGGGGCGACUUAUAGCCGACGACGGCGCGUCUACCAGCGCCAGCGCCGACCCGCCGCCGCAGAACAACUUCAAGUCGCCCAACACCGUGUGCCCCAUGGACGGCAAGAUCCCGCAGAACAUUCCCAACCCCACCAGCGACCGCUGCGAGUUCCCCUUCGGCAGCAUGACCCAGGCGAGGGUCAUACAUCGGAAGGAGAACACGUUAGGUAUAGGCCCCUGUGCGAGCUCUCUCCGGCCCGGGACGUCGGAUACGCAAUUUGUGCGGCCAUCCACGUCGGCGUUCACCGGCCCUCCGCCACCGUACCCCGCGCCCCCGGCGUCCCCUGCGCCCCCCACGACCCCUACAACGCCAACACCUUCAGCGGCGCCUACAGUCGCCAUGUCAUCUCCUCUGCUGGUGAACCUCCUGCAGAAUGACGCACCCGCACCGCAACCGAGGCCGAAGCCGGCGCCGCACCCCGCGAAACUCGACAGGCUGGAAGACUCUCAGGUGGAGCUAGCAGUAGGCAGAGCGCCGUUUGAGUACCGCGGCGGUCGGGCCACGACCCCCCGUCCGAAUGUGCCCUCCGCGCCCCCCUCGCCCCGCCCGCCUCCCCGACCCGCGCCCUUCCGGAGGGCGUUCCCCCCGCGACCAACGCAACCUGUGCAAUACAGAUCGCCGGCGCCGAAUGCUACGGUCGUAGGACGAGCCAGGUUUCCGUCCCCCUCGUACACAACCGACACGUUCCCCGCGCCCCCUCCUCCCCCGUACCGCCAGGUGUUGCCUAGACCCCGGCUCCCGCCCACGCGGGUCACCCCAGAGGACCUGCAAGCUUUACUGCCGCCUCCUCCCACGUCGAUGGACCAGAAGACGCAGUCUAGUUUUCAGGAGUUUCAGAGGUAUCAACAGCAGUACAAUGCGCGGCAGCGAGCGGCGUCUAGGGCGGCUUCCCAGACCGAUUGGAACGAGCCCUACCGGGACACGCUGGGCCUUUCCAUUCCCGACUUGUCGGACAACUGCGACCUUGACCAGUUGCUCCCCACGCUGGGGGGAGACCUGCACCUCGACGACACCACCCUCUCCGCCAUUUCAGACCUAGACACCAACUCCAAACUAGAUCUGAUCUACGGCACCGCUCAAGAUUCCCUACACAACGCAAACGAAUCAACCCCGGACUCUCUCCUUCAGGAGAUUACCGGCGGCCAGUUCCCACCCACACUCAACGGGCCCUACAACCAAGAGAUGACCCCCUCUACAAGUCAAACAAACGUGAAUGUGAAUAAUGAUGUGCCUUCAAAACCUACUGAAACCUUCCAAUCUAAUUCGGAGACCACAUUCAUGCCGCCGCCGCCCGUUCCUCCACAGACUACGAAAUUCCACAUGAACUCCCCAAACCAUAUGAACUCCCCAAACCACAUGAACUCCCCAAAUCACACUAACUCCCCGAAUCACACGAACUCCCAAAAUCAUACGAUAGUUAAUACGCAUCAUCCGCCUUUUAAGUCGCCUCCGAACGCGACGUAUGCGUCCCUGAGUAGUAUGAAUUCGGAUCGAAUGAUGGACAGAAGUCAGUCGUCGACCAUGCCGCCUCCGAUGAGACUGCCGGUGAGGGCGGCGGCAGUGUCCACGGCGACCGUGGGCUCGCAAGCCUCGGCGCAGGAGAUCGAAGAGCAGAGCAAGCAGUACCUGAUCAAAACACUCAUGAGGGACGACGACCCACCGCCGCCUCCGAAGCAGCAGGAAAAGAAAGUCGAGGAGGUGACCGUCGCUCAGUGUAAAGUUAAGGACUCAGCCACUGAAACUACACCGGAAAUCUUCGGUAUCGCAAAAGUCGUAGAGGACGAUAGUAAAAAAGAGGAGGAUUUGAAAGCGAAAAAUAAAUUAAUCAAAAAUGAUGAUAAGUUGCUAGCGCAAAAAGGUGGCAAGCCGAGAACGGGUGGAGCGAAAGAGAAACCUGCUAUUUUGAAAGAAAAGAUAGUGAGGGAUGUAAAGUCUACCAAAGUUGCCUUACCGCGACCGCACGUCGCGAAACCUGCUACUCCGGCUCCCGAGGCGCCCAAGUCGCCUUCCGGAGAGAAGGAGUCUAUUAAGUUGAGAUUGAAAUUAGAUAAGAAUGAACCCAUCGUCCAGCCUGUCUACAAAGCUGACGUGAGUUUCGUUAACCAGCCACCAAAAGGCGAGAAACCUAUAGAGGGCGAGCUUAGGGUACCGCCCUUACAUAUCAGCCUUAGAGGCCGGAAUUCGGCAGUGAUAAAGAACUCCAAGAAGGAAAAGAAAAAGUUUGGUCCAGGUGAGCCUAAUUUGAAGAAGAUUAAGAUCAGAAAAUCUCUUGAUUCCGACGAGAAGUCUCACAGGCGAGAUUCGGAGGAAAGCCUCGCGUCAAAAUCGGGAGAUAGCACUGAAAACUCAAAGACUGAUGAGUAUUUACAUGUUAAAAAUUUAAAGCUAAAUAACCAUUAUGGUGAGGGCGAAAUUAAGACAGAUAUCACAGGAGACAACAAUGUGGUGUAUAGGAUGAAAACUUUGUCGAAAAACGCCCACAUAGUGACCAAGUCACACGACUACAAACUCAAUAAUAAAGUGCAGGGUCUGAUGAAAAAGAAGUCAAAACUUCUUAGCGAGAGCAGCAAAUCAAUGGAAAAAGAGCGGGACAAAGAAUGGAGAAAUGACUUGUUAGAGAAGGAAGGCAAAUACGCCCAGAAUGAGGGCUACAGAGAGAUGGCAAACAACCAUGAAGUAAAAAAGAAGUUACCUACACCAAAAGUAGACAAGGAGGGUGUGAAAUGUGAUAACUUAAAGUCCAGUGACGUAAAGACAGUGUUGGACGCGGACUAUGGUGAAGUGAAAUCUGGUGCUAGUGAAUUAGACAGUCGGUUGUUAAAGUGUCAUAAGAGCCUAGAACGGACGCUCAGUGUUGACGAUGAGAAAUACGAACGUGAGGAGAAUAAACUAAAACGGACACUUACAGAUAGUGCAAUAAUAUCACCUAACGGACUGAUUGCUUCCGAGAAGAAAAGGAAAACAAGCCAUAGUUCCUGUCCAGAUCCCCCUGGUUCGACAAACAUAGGCACGAUAGGCGGCAGUCGCGUGGACUCGCCGCCACCCGCCGCUAGUCAGCGCGCCGGGGCUCUCUCCCCGCGCCGCAAGGACCGGCCCAAGGACAUGUCCUACUGCAAGCUGGUGGCCGAGCGAGCCGCCAGGCCCGACACCGACAAGUUCGGCAACCGGUCGCCCAACUCGCAGGCCCAGGGCGAGGACUCGGGCAUAGAGUCAAUGGACGCGCUCUCCGAGAAAUCCCCCAACCAAGCCAGCCAGUCGCCGCCCGGCCCGCAAAGGAAAGAGCGGCUAGACAUGCCCCGAUCCACCAGCCCGACUUCCGUGCAGAGGAUAAUAGGCGUCAUAGACCAGCCGCCCGCCUCAGACGAACUCCUCGAGAGGCUAUCCCUGGCGGCCGCACAGCCCCACUACGACCCUGUGCCGCCCGACCUCGAUGACAUGGGCGACAUCGAGGCAGAACUCGCGAAGAUGCACGCCGACCACGUCAACGGCGACGACGCGCCGCGCAGGCCGCCCGCGGACACCAGCACCAAAGAAGUCAAGAGAGAGCCCACGCCCAUACUCAGGGACGAGGACAAAUGCGCCCAGAGUAUAGAUAGAGAUAGCAAGAAUGAAUUGAAAACCGAGGCGAAGUCGGUCGGUGAAACGAAACUAGAAUCUAAUAUUGCUCAAAAUGUCGAUACGUGUAAAGAGGAAUUGCAGUCGCCCAAGAAGGAAAAAGGACUCGACGAUUUCGAUCACCUCCCUAGCAGAGUCUCCCCGCCACUGUUCACGUACUCCAAUCAAGAGAAAGUUUGCGCGAACGAUACCCUAGAGGCGAAAGACGACCAAUCCGGCAUCGAGAACGGAGAGACGAAAGAUCGAGAGAGCGAAGUGAAGGAUAAGCAGGAGCCGAAGAUGGAAAGGUUACCGCUCAAGGCUGACUUUCCCGAUAAGAGCUUACUAGAACAAUUGCUAAUAGAAAUUCCUACGCCGGACUACGUCGGGAAAAGGCCAGGAUCGCCAUCGCCUUCGACGCUGGAGAGGGUUGCGCGAAGUAGCGUACGCACGAGAUCGAGCAGCAAAAUGAACAGUCCGGCGGAUGGGCCGAAAACGCCGCGUCUCAGUCCUGGUAUAAACAAAGUGGAGCGGUCGGAUUCGCCAGCGUUACAGCAGCCCAGAAAUUGCCUUCGGAGUGGGUCGGUAGACAAGAUCAGCCCGAGAGCGGUGAACGCGGUGAGUGCGCCGACGAAACCGCCGCCCGGGGGGAAGCGGAAGAGACGCGAGUCUGAGAGCUCGUGCGCAUCAACCAUCAGUUGCGAGGAAGGGGUGUCUCCAGGCCGGCUGAAGAAGAAGCCGAGACGGUUAGACCAGAAAACGUUAAUAGCCGCUGUCGUUACUGGGGGAAAGGUGAAGAAGGAGUCGGAUAGUGAUAGCGAUGAGCCGUUAAUAUGCAAGGUGCGAGGGAAAGGGGUUAAGGCGGUGAAGCCCGGGAUGAAAGUGCCGAAGGGGGCGGAGGGUGUGGGCACGAGGCGGUCGGUGCGGCACGGGUCCACGCCAGCGCCGGCGGCACCUGUCCCGCCUAAUAGCACACCUGUGAGGCGGAAAACAAGAAGUGCAGUCGGUGAAGGCGGCACGCCGAGUGCGGGGGCGGUGCGGCGGCGGCGCGUGUCCCGCGACGGCAAGUGACGGCGGCGCCGCGCGGGCUGUGCCGCGCCCUCUCCCCUGCCCCUCCCGCUGCCGCUGCUGUACCCGCUCGAAUGACCCGCGCGCACUGCGCUCGCGCAGCGGGCGGGCGCACCGCACCCUCCGCCCGCAGUGCGGCCACGCAACACUGUACCACCAGCUCCGCAUACUGUGUACGUGAAGUGUACCCUAUACUACGGUCCGCCCUCCCGAUGUCCGGCGACAUACAAACUCAGUGAUGUGCUUAUUUACAGUUAUCAGGAAGUGCUUUCGUGUGCGAAAUUUUGUGGGAUUUGAAAAAAUUUUAUGAAUCUCAGGCGUUUGUAAAAUAAAAUAAAAAUAAAAAAAGUUUUGAAUAUUGUGCAAUAAUGUGAAGAAGAUAUCCUUUGAGGAGUUUUAACAGAGUUUUUAACGUGUGAUUUUUUUAUAUUAUUAAAUUUAUUGAUUGACGCGGGCUAGGCGAUCGAUAUACAAUGUUAUGUGAUGAAGUAAGUGUUCAUACGUUCCUGAUGUAAGCACUUUUAAAAUCGACCGGGCGUGAGACGUUUUUGUAGAACUUUUUUUAAAUUAGUGAACAAAUCAUGUUACCAUUCACUAUAAAGCACUCGACGUUUUGUUUAAUUGUAAGUUUAUUUCUUCUAUCAAAUAUUUUUAAGAGCGUCUUAAUUACCAUAGGGCCAGACUCGGUAUAGGGGUCCGGAGCCAAAAGUGGAGCCUUAGUUUAGCAUAGAGAUGUAUCAAUAUUGUACAAAAGAGCACUCGUCUUACAGGCACAUUGUUAUAAUAGGUUUAAUACCCGAGAGAUAUAAAGAAGUAAAUGCAUAAAGUUUUAAAAGAUAUUUUCAUACGUUUUUGCACGUAAACUGUAGGCGUCGUGAUAUGUAAACUGCGUUGUAGUUUUAAUCAGCUCUGUCGAGGAGUGGCCGUCAUGAAUCAGUGUUGUUAUUGUAUGGAAUUUAGAUUUACGGAUCGAACGUUAGGGUGUUUUACUCUGAAAAUCUUAAUUACUUUAAAUAAUUCUUAAUAUUUAAAUUUAAUAAAAAAAGAUAAAUUAGAUGUAACAAAUAUUGCCUUGAGUGUUAAAUGUUUUUGCUAGGGAGAAGUUCUGUGCCUUUUCCGAUAAAUUAAUAUUUAUAGAGUCAUUACAAUGGCAUUAACUGGCUUAUUACGUCAUAAACUUUUUACUUAAAAUUUUUGUAACAAAUACUAUUCAAAUUUUGUAUGUUCUCUCAGAUUUCACUUUUAUUGAGAAAUAUUAAGUUGACGUACCCAAUUUUUUGUGUUAUAUAAAAUAGUACACAUAAUAACCAUAUUAUAUUCUAAAGUUAAGGAGUUGUUUGAAUGUGCUAAUCUAAGGAACUACUUGUUUGAAAAGUAUUCUCGUUUUUAUUGAGGUAGUUAUAAGUUCAAUUUACAAACACUAAUUCAACUGUAAAGUCUGUUUGCAGAGGUUUUAUAAACUCUACCGUGAAAGAAACGUUUAAUGAGUCACUGGAUGAAAUAUCUUAUAUGAGGUUAUUGCUUCUGAUUACUUAUCUAUAUUAAUUCUAUAUCAAUUUGUUUGUUAAUAAAUAUAAAAUAGUGUAAAACGCCCUAUGUUUUGCCAAGACGACCACUUCCCGCGUGACGCGCGCCGCUAAUACGUUGUGAUGUUAGCGUUUUUGUAAGUAAGUAAAUUCACGACCAAUAAUUGUAAUUUAAAUGUGACAUGAUACUUGAAUAAUUUCUUAGUGAACUGAUAAUAAUUGUGACUGAGUGUUUCAGCAGUUUGUCUGUUUGGGCUUCCAGUAAACUAAACUAUAUUUAUUUUAUCAUCCCAUUUAUUAUAUUGACUACUUUCCGGUAAGGGUCUAUUCAGGCAUAUCAGGUCAUGGUUUUUGACGAAAAAAGCGAAAUCACCAGCAGCAGUAAUUUACUCAAUCAUAAUACAUCAGUAAUUAUAUUUGUCAUUAUUUGUUUACAUAUAAAUUUAUACAACAACUAAAUAAGCUACCAUAACUGUUAUAAUGUAUUUUUUUACAACAUUUUUAAACACUGUGAAAUCUGCCUGAUUACAUACAGGUAAGGUUAGAAACAAAUUUAUUCAAAUUGUAUGCAAGUCUCUUUACUCAAAGGGAAUACUGGCACUGUCCUGAUUCUGAUAUGUCUUGAUAGACUAUUAUAUGACGUGUUUUUCGCCGACCUUUGUGACAUAAAAUUUUAUAAUCUUGAACCAGUGAUCCUAUAUUAGACUUGUAGGCUAGCCUUUUCUUUGCACUGUAUAUACUAAAUUGAAAUAUUGACAAAAAAUUAGUUGCCUAAGUAGAUGUUAGAAGUUAUUAUCUCAACUUGAAAGUUCACUUAGCAAUUUUUAUAGUUAUCAAUCCAUAUUGUUUUGCUUCUAUCUUUGCAAAGUUUUCCAUUUGCAAUUUAAAUUUUCGUUAUAUUUUUGAUUGUUGAAUCAAUUGACAUUUAGCUGAAAUAUUAUGAUCAUUUUAUUUAAUUAGAGUAUGUAUAGCAUAUAGAAUUAUAGUGUUUUUUUAUUAAUUUCAUUUGCGGUUCCUAUGUCUGAAAGGAUGAAAUUCAAAGCAAUAAUUUGUGGAUGUGACAUUUCUGAUAUCUUUUUAUAGAAAAGAUAUAUCCUCGACUGCCUUAAAGUUUUUAGUAUAUUAGAAUUUGCAUCGUAAUUGCGGUAUUAAUAGUUUUUCCAAAAAACCCUUUUGUCCUUAAAUCAACAAUGUUCAACUUUAUUAGGUCGGACAGUGAUAGUGCUACAAUACAAAAUUUUUAGAUUGUAUGUAGUAUUUAUAGUAUAUUGAAUAUUUUAUAAUUAAAUAUAAAGAACAUUGCCUGAUAAAUUGUGCCCUAAAACGUGUGCAGUGGUAUGGAGCUGUGUGUGACUACAUAAUUUAGUGUUAGGGUCUGCGGCGAGCCUUGGGUGGGAGCAAAGCUGUCUUGUACACAUGCUUUAUGUUUUGCAAAUAAUUAGGUUCUUCUUUUUAAAUUAUUAGUUGAAAGAUUCGGGUUAUCUCGAUGUAUAAUCUCUUGUAAAUUUUUGUGUAUAGGUGGGAAAAUUAAUAUAAUAUGUUACAUGUUAA